AUGCGCCACCCUGCCUCAUGCGCCGCCGCUGCCCCAUGCGCCACUGCUGCCUGCACAACCAUGGCGCGGCCCCUGCCCAUUGUAGUUGCUACGAACCACUCGAACCACGCGAGAGGGGAGAGGGGGGCGGCGCCGCGGCCUCGCGGAGAGGGGGGGCCGCGGCGCCGCGACCGUGCGGAGAGGGGAUUCCGGGCCGUGCGGAGAGGGGGGGGCGCGGUGCUGCGGUUGUGCGGAGAGGGGGGGGGCACGGGUUGCGUAGAGAGGGGGGCCGCAGGCAGCACGGAGAGGGGGAGCCGCGACGCCGCGGCUGCGCGGAGAGGGGGAGCCGCGACGCCGUGGCCGCGCGGAGAGGGGGGGUUGCGGCCGCACGGGCAGGGGGCCGCGGCGCCGCCAUCGCGCGAAGAGGGGGCUGCGGCGCCGCCGUCUCCCGAAGAGGGAGGCGCGGCGCUGCCGUCGCGCGAAGAGGGGGCCGCGGCACCGCGGUCGCGGGGAGAGAGGGAGCUGCGGCCGCGCGGAGAGGAGGGCGCGGGCCGCGGCGCCACGGCAGCACGGAGAGGGGAAAGAGGAGCGGCAGUGGUUAAACCAGGCAAUGCAGGCGGCGGUGGUGGACAUAGUGCAGCGGAUGAAGGAGAUCAGUAUAGGGUCACUGAGGAGGGGCUGCUGUGUUGCCCUCUCAUGCUCUUGUCUUGCUCGUUUCCCUUGUCCACCCUUCAUCCCUUCGUUCCUCGCAUUCACUUCUCCCACCCCCUUCCUGUCCCCGCCACCAGGGAGGAGGAGCGGCAAUGGUUGAAUCAGGCCAGGCAAGCGGCGGUGGAGGAUGUUGUUCAAAGGAUGAAGGAGAUCAGCAUGGUCAUGGCCAUCACUGAGGAGGGGCUGCUGGCCUCACACUCUCUCCUCAUUCUCGUUUCCCUUGUCCGUGCGUUCCCCCUUUCUGAGGAGGAGUGGCAAUGGUUCAACCAGGCCAUGCAAGCAGCGGUGGUCGACAUAGUGCAGUGGAUUAAGGAGAUCAGCAUGCAGCCCUCUGAGUGUCUUUCUCCCUCCUUACCUCCCUCCCCGCCGACAGACCUGAAAGCCAUAGGAGGCUUGGAGCCGCCGCUGCGUUUCCUCAAGUCCCCCCAUGCAAUCCUCCGCGCGCGGGCGGCAGAGAUGGUAACCACCAUGGUGCAAAACAACGAAAAGAGCCAAAUCAACGUGAUGGAUGCGGGCGCCCAUCUGACCCUCAUGGAUAUGAUUCUGCACGAUGUUGACGUCACUGCCAGAACCAAGGCCGUGGGGGCAAUUUCAUCCUUGGUACGCCGUAAUUCAGAAGGCAUGGUGUCCCUUCAAGCCCUCGUCGGCAUUAACCGACUCACCUCGUUAAUAUCCUCUGCCGCUCAACCCACCAACGACACCACCACCACCACAGACACCAGCAGCAGCACCACCACCACCACCACCAAGCUCCUUCUUAAGGCCCUCCAUCUGGCGCUCUAUUUUCUACAGCAAUUCCCUUCUGACCAUCCCUUGGCUCUCUCCUCUGGCCUGCUCGCCUUGCUGCUACAGCCGGGGAUGGUGGGGUCCCAGGACGGGGAUGGGGAUGAGGUUUCUGGAGUAGAGGUGGUUAUUGGGGCCAGAAUGGAGGCUAUAUCUGCCCUGCAGAAGCGCCAAAGCCGAUGA